AUGCUGAGCAUCCGACCUCUCUGCAAUGGUUUCCUGUUCUUGCUACGGUCCCUCAUCUUUAUCACCAUAGCUCGUCUGAGAAUCGGAUUCCGGCCACCGACGCCACGGCGUACCAUAAAUCCGAGACGGAGAAUACCCUCUCCGCAACUUCGGAGUCCAAUCCCUUCCAUAUUCGCGGCGUUAAAGGCUCUGUCUCUCUCUCGUUGUGUGGUGUGUCAAAAAGAAGAGCAGCAAAAUGGCAGUGAAGUUUUUCAGAGAAAUUACAACAAUACCCUUUUAGCUUAUCUCGGUUUUCAUUUCAUGUCCGUAAAUCCUUUAACCGGUUGUCUCCUCCAAUCUCGGUUUAUUCGAGACUCCGAUAUAGUUUAA